GUUCCCGCGACCCCAACGUCCCAGAGGCGGUACCGGAGUUGGUGGUGAGGCGGUGGUGCUUCCUGGAGCCGGCUCCUGCUUCUACCCUGCAAACAGACCUCAGCUCCGCGGAAGUUGCGGAUACUGAGGAUUUGAAAUUAAAGAAAUCAUUCACCAGACAUCAUGGAGCCUAUAUAUCCUCUUGCAUGGCCCCAGAUGAAUACCAGGUUUCCUUCAAGCAGGAUGGUACCUUUCCACUUUCCUCCAUCAAAAUGUGCACUUUGGAACCCAACACCAACUGGAGAUUUCAUCUACUUACAUCUCAGUUACUACAGAAAUCCAAAGCUUGUAGUGACUAAAAAGACCAUCCGACUUGCUUAUCGUCAUGCUAAGCAGAAUAAAAAAAAUUCAUCGUGCUUUUUACUUGGUUCUCUGACAGUAGACGAAGAUGAAGAAGGUGUGACAUUGACAGUAGAUCGCUUUGAUCCUGGUCGAGAAGUACCUGAAUGUCUAGAAAUAACCCCUACUGCUUCUCUUCCUGGGGACUUUUUGAUUCCAUGCAAAGUUCAUGUUCAAGAACUUUGUUCAAGAGAAAUGAUAGUUCACAGUGUAGAUGACUUCAGUUCAGCUUUAAAGGCUCUACAGUGCCAUAUAUGUAGCAAAGAUUCCUUGGACUGUGCUCUGGCAAGAAACUUGAGCAGUAAUCUGAAUAUUUCUCAAGUUCAAGGGACUUAUAAAUAUGGAUAUCUUACCAUGGAUGAAACACGCAAAUUGUUACUUUUGUUGGAAUCUGAUCCCAAGGUUUAUUCUCUACCAUUAGUGGGAAUUUGGCUGUCUGGAAUUAUACAUAUCUAUAGUCCUCAGGUAUGGGCUUGCUGUUUGCGAUACAUAUUCAAUUCUUCUGUUCAAGAAAGGGUUUUUUCAGAAUCUGGAAAUUUCAUCAUAGUUCUCUAUUCUGUGACACAUAAGGAGCCUGAGUUUUAUGAAUGCUUCCCUUGUGAUGGCAAGAUACCUGACUUUCGGUUUCAGUUGCUAACCAGUAAGGAAACAUUACAUCUUUUCAAAAAUGUUGAACCUCCUGACAAAAAUCCAAUCCGUUGUGAACUGAGUGCUGAAAGCCAAAAUGUAGAAACAGAGUUUUUCAGUAAGGCUUCCAAGAAUUUUUCAAUUAAGAGGUCUUCCCAAAAGUUAUCUUCUGGGAAAAUGCCAAUACAUGAUCACAACUCUGGUGUUGAAGAUGAAGAUUUUUCUCCAAGACCAAUUCCUAGUCCUCAUCCAGUGAGUCAGAAGAUUUCUAAGAUCCAACCAUCAGUUCCUGAACUUUCACUUGUGUUGGAUGGCAAUUUCGUAGAAUCAGACCCUCUGCCUACUCCAUUGGAAAUGGUGAAUAAUGAAAAUCCUCCUUUGAUUAACCACUCGGAACACUUGAAGCCUUUGCAACCCCAGCUUUGUGAUGAGAAACACAGUCCAGAAGUUGAAGCUGGAAAGCCUUCCUUGAGAGGAAUACCAAAUCAGUUAAACCAGGAUAAACCAGCUCUUUUGAGACAGUGCAAAGUAAGACAGCCACCUGCCUAUAAGAAAGGGAACCCCCAUAGUAGGAACACUGUUAAACCAUCUUCUCAUAAUGGAACAUCUCCUGAUAUAUUUGAAAAGCUCCAAACAGUUUCUGCUGGAAAUGUACAAAAUGAAGAGUAUCCUAUAAGACCCUCCAAACUUAAUUCUAGGCAGUCUUCUCUUGCCCCGCAGUCCCAACCACCCAAUUUUGUUUUUUCACCCCAUAAUUCAGGAAGACCAAUGGAACUUCAGAUACCUACUCCCCCACCGCCAUCUUACUGUUCCACAAGCGUUUGCAGGUGUUGUCAGCAUCAUAGUCAUAUUCAAUAUAGUCCGCUAAAUUCUUGGCAAGGAGCAAACACAGUUGGAUCCAUUCAAGAUGUCCAGUCUGGAGCCCUUCAAAAGCAUUCAUUAUUUCACCCAAGUGAAUGUCCAGCUCUGAACUGUAAUGCAUUCUGUUCUUCAAGUAGUCCUAUAACCUUGAGACCUCAGGGAGGUAUGGACAGUUGUUCUCCCCACAGCAAUAUAGAACCAUCGCCUGUGGCAAGACUACCUUCACAUAUGGACUCAUGUAACCCACAGCUUUGCACAGUGUGCAUGCACACACCCAAGACUGAAUCAGAUAAUGGAAUGAUGGGACUAUCUCCAGAUGCAUAUCGGUUUCUCACAGAACAAGACAGACAGCUGAGACUACUUCAGGCACAGAUUCAGCGUUUGUUGGAAGCACAGUCUCUGACGCCCUGUUCCCCUAAGACAACCACCGUUGAAGACACAGUGCAAGCUGGAAGACAAAUGGAGUUGGUUUCCAUGGAAGCACAGUCUUCCCCUGGCUUGCACAUGAGAAAAAGUGUAAGCAUUGCUGUGAGCACAGGUGCUAGCUUGUUUUGGAAUGCAGCUGGUGAGGAUCAAGAGCCUGACUCUCAACUGAAGCAAGAUGAUACCAAAAUUUCCAGUGAGGACAUGAAUUUUUCUGUUGAUAUUAAUAAUGAAGUCACAAGUCUUCCAGGUAGUGCAUCUUCAUUAAAAGCAGUUGAUAUUCCCAGUUUUGAAGAGAGCAACAUUGCUGUGGAAGAAGAAUUUAACCAGCCACUUUCUGUAUCCAACAGCUCUUCUCUAGUUGUGAGAAAAGAACCUGAUGUACCUGUGUUCUUUCCAAAUGGCCAGCUGGCAGAAAGUAUAAGCAUGUGUUUACAGACUGGACCAACAGGGGGUGCCAGUAACAAUUCUGAAACAUCAGAGGAACCAAAAAUUGAGCAAGUAAUGCAACCCUUGCCUCAUCAACCAUCAGAUAACCAGAAAAUUUACCAGGAUUUAUUGGUAAGAAAAUUUUACUGCUUUGUGUCUUUCAGUGUGUUGGCGUGCAUCAGCCCAGAAGCAGUGAUCUCUGGAUUAAACUGCAUGUCAUUUGCUAAUGUUGGCAUGAGUGGCUUAAGCCCCAAUGGUGUGGAUUUGAGCAUGGAGGCAAAUGCUAUAGCUCUGAAAUAUUUAAAUGAAAAUCAGCUGUCACAACUGUCUGUCACUCGAUCAAACCAAAAUAAUUGUGACCCAUUCAGCCUUCUCCAUAUUAAUACAGACAGAAGCACAGUAGGGCUUAGUUUAAUUUCACCAAACAACAUGUCAUUUGCAACCAAAAAAUAUAUGAAGAGAUAUGGACUCCUACAAAGCAGUGACAAUAGUGAAGAUGAAGAGGAGCCUCCCGACAAUGCAGAUAGCAAGAGUGAACAUUUAUUGAAUCAGAACCAUACGUCCAUACCUGAACAGCUUGGUGGUCAGAAAGAGCCUUCUAAGAAUGACCAUGAAAUAAUUAAUUGUUCUAACUGUGAAUCUGUGGGCACCAACGCAGAUAUGCCAGUAUUAAGAAAUAUUACAAAUGAAGUUUUGCAGACAAAAGCAAAACAGCAGUUGACUGAAAAGCCAGCUUUCUUAUUAAAGAACCUUAAACCAAGUCCUGCAGUGAACCUUCGAACCGGGAAAGCAGAGUUCACUCAACAUCUUGAGAAAGAAAAUGAAAGGGACAUUGCAAUUUUUCCUGAAAGUCUGCAACCUUCUGAAACUCUAAAGCAGAUGAAUAGCAUGAAUUCAGUAGGCACCUUCUUAGAUGUAAAACAUCUCAGACAGUUACCAAAAUUAUUUUAACCUUUUAACUCCCUGCUCUUUUAAUACAGGGACAGGGUGUCUCCUGAAGAUACUUAGGGAAGCCAGAGAGCCUUGUGGUAGUUUUGGGAUUUCCUGAUCAUUCUGGAGUCAGUCUGUUUCUUGGUAGCAGCCAACUGGGAAGAGUGACUUUUUCUGUGAGAUGGCUGACUAGUGAUAGGACUAAGUUCUCAUUAUUCAAAUAGAGUUGUUCAACAUCACUGAAACCUUUAAGAAAAACAAACCCUGAGAUCAGUUAUUCCUACAAAUUUAAGUAGAUAAAUACUAUCCAGCUCUGAGUCUUAACUGCUCUUUUAUACUGUACUUUUUUU